CUGUUAUUGACAGACAUGGCGACCACGGAAGUAGAGCGGAAACGUGGCCAGCUUGCAGCUCUGUCCAUAGCUGCAGUAGUUAUCAUCGUGGGAGUCCCUCUGUGGUGGAAAACAACAGAAACAUACCGUGCCUGGUUGCCGGUCAGUCAGAUAAAAGAGUUGGAUAUCCUGCAGCUGCAGUUGAGUGCUGAUGUAGAGGUUGUGUUUUCACGUGGAACUGUGACACCGGAGCAACAGAAGUUCCCACUGACACUGACACAAGACGAUGAAAACAUAGUCGAUGGUAAUAGAACACAAUCUUUGAGGUACAGGUAUGAGACCAAGUACCGAACGGCUACAAUCAUGGAGGAGGACUCUCUGAACCAGCCCACAGCUGCAGAUGCUGAUCUAUCUCUGCACACGCUCAGUGAGAGUCCGUGUGGUUCUUUGGUUGUGUAUGUGAUCCCAGAGAAGUCCUCUCUGCUGCCUGAGGAUGUGGAGGUGUAUAUUGGUCAGCGACGCACAGCCUUACUGCGCAUGGGUGCCCAGAUGAGAGUGGGCAGGACACUAGAGCAAUUGCUAGCUCACCUGGAGCCACGGAUCAAGCAGGUGCUGCAGGUGAUGUCCUUUAGUCACACUGACAUCACCGCUGCCCUCAGCGACCGAGUUCGCCUCAGCCCCGGCAACAAAGGCAUCGCCGACAGCAUGAGGGCCUUCAAGUCCAGUCCAGGUUAUGAGAUAACUUUCAGUCUACUGAACCCAGACCCACAGUCACACCUGUUGCACUGGGACAUAGAGGGUGCUGUGGAGACCUACAUCCAACCUUUGAUAACAAAACUGGCUCCUUUGGCCAAUUUCAGCAUUGACUCUCAGACGCUGUACUACACCAUGCUGGGUGUCAACCCACGCUUUGACAGCAGCCGCGGCAGAUACACACUCAACUCUGACAGCCUCGCUCAUGUCAUCAACCCUGUGGAGGCCAGACUCGGCUCCAAUGCUGCAUCUUCCAAUCCGGUCUUGAAUUUUCUCCUGUAUGUGCCGGAUGCUGCCCAUUCCCCUCUCCACAUUCAUGACCCUUAUAAACAGGAAGUGACCUCUAAUGCGUUUCAUUCUCCACGGUGGGGUGGAAUUAUGGUCUAUAAUGUUAAUAGUUUCUAUGGACCAGAGGCAGUGUUCCCUGUUAACAUCAACAUCAACAUGGCCAAAGUCAUGGGAGUCUUCCUUGCACAGCUUCGACUGCUGCUGGGUGUGCAGUCGUCCACCCCUCCUCCUGGCUUCCUGAUGGCACCGUGCGGCAGUACGGGGCUUGCUGAUUGGGAGCUGGACCGUCUCAUGUGGAGUCGUAGUGGAAAUGUUGCGACUGCAACCACUACCAUCACCUCGCUGGCACAGCUGCUGGACCAGAUUGGCAAUAUUGUCAUAAAUGACAACAUUGCAGAACAGGUGUCCAGCGCUGUCACCUCCCUGCAGCUCGCUGUAGCUGAGUUGGAGGCAGGGAAUCUAGGAUUUGCUCUGCAGUACAGUAAAGAAGCCAUCUUGGCGUCAGAGAGAGCCUUCUUCGACCCCUCUCUCCUCCACCUCCUCUAUUUCCCUGAUGACCAGAAGUUUGCCAUCUACAUCCCACUCUUCCUGCCCAUGUGUGUGCCUAUCCUGUUGUCGCUGCUGAAAAUCGUGUCCGAGAUAAGAAAGAAACGCAAAGAGAAGCAGGUGAAGAAGGACUGAGGGACACUUGAAGAAAAGAUGUGUUGGACUGAACCAAAGAAGGAUAAUGAACAAACUGUUCAGUCAGUGGCCUUCUCUUUAAGGUACAAGCAUGAAGAAAGACUAAUCUGCAGCAUCUGGGUUUUGGGUUUCAGACAUGUAUGAUUUUUAUUGUUUUGUGUGAUAAAUUAUUUUUAUUUUAAAAUGGUAAUGUAUGACUGAUGUGGCUGUAUGACAUUGUACGGGGAGGGCUUGAAUUGUUGUAAAUGAGUACAUGUUUUAUAUUUGAAUUUCACUUUCUUUUCUAAGUUAUUAAGAAAUAAAGACUUUUGUUCUA